UUAAGACGGGUUUAUUUUUUAAUAAUUUAAUUAUUUUCAUUUAAAUAUUUAAUUUUGAAUAAUAUUUUUACAUAAUGGCAACAGACAAAUUUAAAAAGAGUGUUUAUAAAUACUGCUUUGUACCACUUUGUAAAAACACAAGUGUAAGUACACCAGAUAAAAUAUUCUUAAAUGUGCCCGAGUCCAAAAAUUUAAGAAGAAACUGGUUGAAAGCUGCAAGACGUGACAAUAAAGAUGUUUCUGAUAAAUCCCACUUAUCUUGCUGCGAAGAUCAUUUUGAUGUACGUACAAAUAUGUAA